AUGCGCAUCUGCCGUCGAGGUCUUCUACGCUCAGCUAAAAAUUGGUUUCGAGCCCAUGCAAAGUUCAUUUUAUCAUACGGAUUCGUUCUAAUCAUUCGAUAUUGUGCCGGUUUUCGCCGCUACAUUCCUCCUCCUGCGCCUCCUGAUGAAACAGCAGUGAGUUCAGUUUGCCUGACAGAUUGGUGCAUUGCGAAAUUCAAUGCAACAGACUAUGUUAGCAUCGAGAACUGGCCAGUGUUUGCUCGGGAUCGAAACUGGUUGACAUCGGAAAAGCAGUUUCAGCGGAUCAUCGCCGAAAACGCUUACCUUUAUUUGAAUGGCCGUGAAAAUCAAACAGUAAUCGACAGGAAGUCAGACAUUGAUCCCGUCAACAAAUGCGAUAUCAGUUGUCUUCAUGGCCAUGGUGAUACCUCGGUGGCUGUAUUUGGAAACAGUUUCGCUGUUCGUGCGACAUCUGCAAUUCAAAAUGCUUUCGGAGAGACACUGCGCGAAAUACGCGUCUUUUAUGGAUAUGGUGAGGCCUAUUUGCAAGCCGCAUUUGUUAAUAAUGUGCUGGAAUCGCUGCGAGAGGUACAACCAGAUAUUACCUUCUUCAUUAUCAUGCCACUAGCUCUAAUGAGAAGAAAAUUCCACGAUCUGAAUACCGACGAAGGAUUUCGCAGAUUGCAAUAUAUCGUUAGCGCACUAUCAAGGAUAACCAAACGAAUAAUCCUGCAGUACCCAUUCCCAUCCGGAGAACCACCAUUUCCCUUCCAGUAUGUAUACAUUUAUUAA